UCUUGCUCCUGUUCUGGAAAUAUUUAUCAACACAAUGCUUUUUAAGGAUGACACAUAUUUCAUGUUAGUGAACACUACUUACCAAGGCCUCACAACAUGCCAGGCUUUGAUGGGACAGAACUACUAUGCUUCUGUCAACAUUGCCAUUGGUGCUCAGCUCACAGUUCCCAUGCUAUGUGCUUGUCCAACUGCAAACCAAACAGCAAAAGGCGUGACAUCAUUGCUCGUUUACUCGCUUGGCGAAGGCGACACAAUCAAGUCAAUAGGAGAGACUUAUGGUGUUGAUGAACAAAGUAUUCUUGAUGCCAAUGAGAUGAUCCAGACAUCAAAUGGAAACAGAAGCUUGAACCUUAUGGCUUGGAUUCCGAUUUUGAUUCCAUUGAGGGGUAAGAGCUGCAAAGAUGAUCCAGAGAGUUUCUAUUGUACAUGUUCUCAGGGAGAUGUCACAAAUUCAAGCCUCAUGGGACUCAACUGUGAAGAAUCAGAUGGUAAAAAAUUUCCUGCUAAAUUGGUUGCAGCACUAGGUGUUGGCAUUGGUGCUGGCUUUCUCUGUUUGUUUCUUCUUGGUUAUAAGCUGUACCAAUGCAUACAGAAAAAGAGCAAAAAACUUCAUAAAGAAAAGCUGUUCAAGCAAAAUGGUGGCUACUUGCUUCAAUGCCUAGAAUCCUGCUUUUUUUUUUUCGAGCAAAAAAUUGAAUGCAAGAUUUGUGUUCGCCAGCAGCCCCUCUUCUCUCUCAGCCAGCAGCCACUGCCUCCACCGUCACCAAACUCUUCUUGUCAUCCAGAGGGUGCCUCGCCGCCGGCAGUGACAAACAGAGGAUUAGCUCAAAGUUCUUGGCCGUCCAUUCUCUUCUCCUCCACGUCGUCGCCUUACACGUGCAGAUCGAAGCUCGUGGCCGUCUUCACUACAUCAUCUUCGUCUUCUUCGUCGUGGACUUGCAGAUCGAAGUGCGGUCGGUUGGAUUCCUCCAUCGCUGGUCAGUUUGCUCGAUCAUCGUCUCUGUCUCGUCGUUCUUCCUUGCCGGUAGUUGAGUUUCGUUCUUUCCUCGCCGCCUGUUUCGCUCUUCCUUCAAUGACAGAUUGA